UGGCGAGACGAACGCAGGCAGCUCAAGAGGCGUGUCGUUGGGGGGCUCGUCUGACUGCAUUGUGGUCCAGAUCUUUACCAAGUUGUAGAUAUAUAAACUUUUAAACGCAUUUUCUCAUAUCGCGCAAGCUUACUUCCGCGUGCGUCGUCGAUCUAGUCAAUACAUACUUCACGGUACUAGUUGUAACCCGCCUCUGUCCGUCGAUACAACAACAAAGGCAACUAACUCCACGCGUUACCUGCAUCAGUAUACACCUUGAGGGAGUGCUAAGCUGCCACGCCACCUCUUUCCCGUGACCCGAACCACUCACUUCCACACUCGUUAACUGCAGUCUCUUGAACGAGCUCGCCCACGCAAGUCCAUUCAAUCCAGAGCGACUGAUUUACUUUCCACAUAAGAGUCAGUUCGCUUCAGGAAACACCGCUACGUAAUAUAGGCCUACAUCGGUACGACAAUCUCAAAGCGCUCCACACCAUGAAGCUUGUAUUGUGCUGCUGCCGACGUCCUAAGAAAACCGUAAAGGAAGUAUGCCAGGAGCUGAUCCUGACUCAAGAGGCCUUGAAAGAGGUCUGUGCAUGCCUCCAGGAGGAACUCAACAAAGGCCUAGGAAAGGAGUCCAAUCCUGAGGCCGCAAUAAAAUGUUUUCCAACCUAUGUGAGAGAGCUCCCCAAUGGCAAAGAGAAAGGAAGGUUCCUCGCCCUGGACCUGGGGGGCACCAACUUCAGAGUUCUCCUCAUUGAGCUGGGGGACAAGUGCACGAUGGACAGCAGGAUAUAUGCUGUGCCUCAACCCGUCAUGGUGGGGCCCGGGGAUGGGCUGUUCGACCACAUAGCCGAAUGUCUGGCAAGCUUCAUCAAGGAGCGAGACAUGGGGGAUGAGCUGCUCCCUCUGGGCUUCACUUUCAGCUUUCCUUGCAAGCAGGAGGGUUUGACAAAGGCUCGUCUCGCCCAGUGGACCAAAGGAUUCAAAUGUGCGGGUGUCGAGGGCAGAGACGUUGUGGAGCUUCUCAAACAGGCCAUAGCUAGACGAGGGGAUGUGAAGAUUAAAAUUUGUGCAGUGCUGAAUGACACCACUGGCACCCUCAUGUCCUGUGCCUGGAAGAACCACAACUGCCGUAUUGGACUCAUUGUAGGUACUGGGACCAAUGCUUGCUACAUGGAGAAGCUUGAAAGAGUGGAGCUGUGGGAUGGAGAAGUGGACGAGCCUCCCCAGGAUGAAAAUCGUGAAGAAGUGACAGGGGUGAUCAUCAACACUGAAUGGGGUGCAUUUGGAGACAAUGGUUGCCUAGACUUUGUUCGCACAGCAUAUGACAACACCAUCGACCAGGAAUCAAUAAAUCCAGGAAGGCAGCUGUUUGAGAAGAUGAUCAGUGGCAUGUAUAUGGGAGAGAUUGCUAGACAGGUUCUUGUUCGCCUGGUGUCUGACGGCCUAUUGUUUGGAGGGUAUGCUUCAGAUAUACUCCUAGAGAAGGGCUCUUUCUUCACUAAGUACAUAUCUGAAAUUGAAAGUGACAAGCCUGAUGACUUCAACAACUGCCGUGCCAUUUUGGAAGAAUUGGGAUUCAAUGAUGCCACUGAUGCUGAUUGUGCCAAUGUGCGCCAUGCCUGUGAGUGUGUCUCCAGGCGGGCUGCACACUUAGCUGCUGCGGGUGUCGCUGUGCUCCUCAACCGAAUAGGUGAAGAAAGUGUAACUGUAGCAGUAGACGGCUCUGUUUACCGCUUUCAUCCACACUUCCACAACCUCAUGGUGGAGCAGAUUUCACAAUUAAUCAAGCCUGAAAUAAAGUUUGAUCUCAUGCUGUCCGAGGAUGGCAGUGGCCGAGGUGCUGCCUUAGUGGCAGCUGUUGCCACCAGAGCUGCUACCAUGAGAUAGAAUGAAAAGUAGGUUAUGGUUUUACGAAUUCAUAAAUAGUACACACUCACCAUAAAUGGUAACUGUGUGAAUUUAGACGAGGCUUAUGAAUGCAAGGAGUCACAGGCAUAAUUGUAAAAUACUAAGGAAGCUGUUUUUUUUUUUUUUUUUUUUUUUUUUUUUAUGGAGAGCACGAGUAGAAUUCCGUCUAAGUUAGAAUUUUUGUAUAAUUUUGUCUUAGUUAGAAUUUUUGUUUAAAUUAUUACAAACAUCAGAUUCGAUCAAUUUAGUAACUUGCUAUACAAGUGAAAGACUUAAGUUUGUUAUUAAAAAUACUUUAGGUGGCACAGUAAAUUGCAGAAUGAUGGCAAUUUGAUAGAAUUAUGAUGACAGACAUAUGAUACAGUUAAAGUGUAGCUACACAUUUGCAUUAAUGUGUGUGUGUAUGUGUCAUUCACCAUGGCCUGAUCAAGCGCUGGAAUCGCGAUCGCCAUCCAGUAUCCUCUGUGAAUUAGCUUGGAGCUCAGGUUACUGAACUUUGGGUAGGUCUGGAACCUCACACCACAGCCACUAACCCAGUACCCAUUCGCUGCUGGCUGGACAGGAGGCACGAAUUAUAGGAGACUGCCCAUCCAUCUCCACUCCGCUUGGGAAUCGAACCCAGGAUAUAUUGGUUGUGAGUUGAGCACUCUAACACUACAUGACAGAGCUCCGUGUGUGUACACAUAAACACAUAUGCAUAUUACUUCUCUUUGUUUUGGUCAGUGAAUUUAUUUUGAAUAACAGUUCUUACUGCAGCACUUGUGAGUAGUCAUGAAAAGUGACAUCCAUGUUGUUGAUUAAGUACUUUAUAUCUAUGUUCAACUGAAGACUGAUGCAUUCAUUUGGUACUCACACUGUUUCUCUUGGCUAUAUUACUUGAGUGCUAAUAGUGUUAUGUAGAUAUGAAAAGCUGAGUGGGAGCAAAGAAAAUGAGGUGAGUGUUCAGUAACCUAAUGCCUCAUAUCACCCGACCAGCAACUUCCUUGGCCAGUGGUAUAAGUAAAGCUGUGUGGUGUCUGUUUAUGACUGUGUCCUUGAAGGGGUCUUAAGGUUUGCAAGUGCUUGAGUCAGUAAAAAAUAACUAAUUUUUGUGCUGGAUCCUAACAAUGUUGUUAUUAAUUUCAAAAUAAAAUUGACAUACCCAGGCUGAUAAAAUACAAUAAUGCCAUAAGAACAGAGUUUUACCUCAAAUGGCAAUUCAUGUAGCACAUGAAAUCCCAUUAAUAUAUUGGCCUUAACUUAUCUGUAAAAUAUUAACUAACACCUGUAAGUUAUGUUGCUAGUUCUUUGUUUCAGUAGCUGGAAGAUUUCAAAGACUUUUAUCCCACUGGUUUUUGGAAAUACCCAUUUGGCCGUUUGACUAAUACAACACUAUGUAUCUGCUUUGGCUCUGUGUCUCUCAUCAGCCAAAGACAGUCUUCUUUGGUAACCUUCAGAGGAACUCCCUCAAACAAAACAAUAACUGUGGCACUGGGUGGCUAUGAAGUGCAGCCUUUGGCAUUCUAAGUAAAUUCCUUAACAAAGGUAGGAUGUGAGACCUCAGCCUGGUUGUACCCUAUACCAGUUAUGUAUAUAUAUAUAUAUAUAUAUAUAUAUAUAUAUAUAUAUAUAUAUAUAUAUAUAUAUAUAUAUAUAUAUAUAUAUAUAUAUAUAUAUAUAUAUAUAUAUAUAUAUAUAUAUAUAAUUUCAUUCAGACUGCAUUUAGGUUUCUCCUAUUAUAUACGUACUCUUUUUCAAAAGAUGAAUUAUCUUUUUCUGAUGACAUCCUGAAAUAUGCAUACAAAAACAUGUUUCAUAUUUAUAAUAAUAAAGCCCUAGAUGGGCUUAUGAAGUUAUCAUGAAUCAAAAGAAAAACAGCUAUGAGAUGAUAUGGGCUGUGACAAUAGUUUUGGUUGUGGGAAGUGAAUGAAGAAUGUGAUUGGUGUUAUGAUAAUCAGCAUUAUGCUGCUUGCAAUCUUUAGAUAUAUACAUUAAAAGCUUUUGUAUAUAUAUGGUAGAGUCUCUAUUUUUUGCCAUAUAUGUAUUGAGAGUAGUAAAUUCCUAGGAUAUAAAAGUGUGUGUGUGUGUGUGUGCGCGCACAUGCAUGUGUGCAUUUAAGAAUGAAAUUUUAGUUUAGAGUAGCUCUUUUGGUUUAAGAAGAGAAAAGAAUUGUGUCAAGGAUAGCAAUGGUUUUAAUUUCAUGAAUGAUAGAUGACUGGCAGCCACUGACCCUGGAUCAUAAUCAGCACUUCAGGAUAGUUCUGUGAAUGACCAUAGAUUUUCCAUAUAUGCAAGCAAUUUAAUGUUAAGGCCAGUGUUAUCUGAUCAGGACAAGAUUAUUUAACUGUAGAUCUGAAGAGUUGUAAUUCCACUAACUAGCCAUAUGUAACAUAAGGAAAGAGGCAUAGCUAAGACAAUUUACAAAGGAAAAUCUAAGCACUUUUAUCACUGUGAGAUGUGGCUAUUCUUGUGGUUUGAUAACUUCACUUCUGUGUAAGUGACAUUCAUAGAAGCAAAGUUUUAUUCAGUUCUCCAACAUCAGUCAACAUGCAAAUGUGUGAUAUAUGUCAAUUCGUAAGUGUCACAGCAUUAAUAAAGACUUAAAUUUGUUACAAGGAAUACAGCAUGUUUUCUAUUGUUACAAAAAUGCUGCUUAUAGAUCUGUGGGUAAAAUGUAGUCAGGAAUGUGAACAUUUUUUCUUGAGUUAUAUAAGUAAAUAUCACUGUAUCCCAGGUAAGUUAAACUCCUACUUUUAAUGAAUCAUUACCAGUAUUAAUUGAAGUCAUUGCUGACUCUUACUGUUGAGCUCAUGGCUGGAAGCUGGCUAGUACCAAAAACAUAAAAUACAAUGUAUUGUAAUAUAGGAGAAAGCAUUUGUUGGGCUUUUUUGUAUAAUUACAAUAUUGGAUAUUUAUUAAAUUUUAUGCUAAAUUCUAUUAUCAACUUUUAAGAUUAUAUUCUAUGACUACUAUCAAAAUCACAGCCACAAUUUAUUUACACUUUUGGACUCUUUUUUUUUUUUAAAUGUUACUAGAAUAAAUCCCAAGAGAUGAAAUGAAGUUAUUGACACAUUUUUCUGUGUGCAAUAGUACAGGACUUUUUAUAAAAGUUGUAAAAUAAUGUUAAUAUACACAGAGAACAAGAUUAAGUAGUAAAUCAAUACACAAAUACUCCAAUUCAAAAAAUGUAAUAUGAAUGAUGAUGGCAGUGACAGCAAUACUCCCAGUUCCCAUACUUAACAGUAAGGAAUGUAACUUUAAAGUUCAGAAACUUAACACAUAUCACACAAAGAUGAGUCAUAAAUAUAUUGAUCCAAGAGUUAGUCUGUUGUUGAGACCAGGUAUGGUGGGGCUUGAUUACAAGCUCUUUUUUUUAUUCUUUUUUCAUGACCUUAAUCCCAAUCUUCACCACCUGUAUUACAGGACAUAUACAUGAACCUUACAAAUGGUAAAAAAUGUCAGAUCCAAGAACCUGACUCAGGUGAUCACUUGGUAAUUUUGCUUUAAUUUGCGUGAUCAAUUUUGACAAUACUUUUGGAUAUAAAUGUAAGUUCCAGUGGUACUAAAUGCAAAAAAUUCUCAUAGUUGUCACUCCAAACAGUUGUUCCUACUAAAUCAGCUUCUGAUAAAUGAUUAUGAUGAAGUGUAUGUUACCACAUAAAAACAGUUUCAUCUACAAGGAAUAAAAUGCCAGGUGAUAUGUCAUUUUCAUGUGAUUUUGUGAGGAAUAACCUGACUUAGUGACACUGUUAUUCCUAUUAGCUUCUAAAAGGAGUAAAGUUAAUUUAUUGUAAACUAGCAAAUACUCAAGGCUCUUAGGAGGGCUAUAUAUAAGAAUGAUAUCUAGGGGCAGCCACUUUUGAAACAUUCUUAUAGGAAGGACCAUAUAUAUAUAUAUAUAUAUAUAUAUAUAUAUAUAUAUAUAUAUAUAUAUAUAUAUAUAUAUAUAUAUAUAUAUAUAUAUAUAUAUAUAUAUAUAUAUAUAUAUAUAUAUUAGAAAACAUGGAACUGUUAUUGCUUUUUAUAAUUGAUGGUGAAAUUAGCUGUGUAACCAAAUUUGUUCAUAAUAUUUCACUGCACCAUGUUAAUAGAAAACAGACUAUUACAAACAUUUAAUAGAUAUACAAUACACUUGCUCCCAUAGUGUCCAAAACAAUGUAUAAUAUCUAGCAAGUUAGAAAUACAAUGCCAUAUUUUAGUGCCUUUUGUUAGUCAAAAUGGACAUCUUAUGAAAUUAUCAGAAUUGGCAGCACGCAUCUGCUAACUUAAUUUUUUUAUGUUCUUAAAUCCCUUCAAACAAAUUGAUGCCACCAGGGAGCCUCAGUGAUAUUAGAUAUUGCUGUAAUUCCACUGUAAUUUUGCUCUCAUGAAAACUUUAAAAUACUUGUUUCAUCAAUAAGUUUUGUUUAUUAUCAUAAAGAACUAAUUUUAUCUAAAAUUAUAAUAAUGAAAUGUAAUAAUGUUUUUUCUUGGAAAUUGAGUGAUGAUAAAUGCAAUUGAGAAUAUAUAUAUGUCUACCUUUUGAUCAUCAAAGCAAGAUGUAUAUGUAAAGCCUGAAAAUACAAAUGGUGAAUGGUGAUAAUGUAUUUUUUUAAGUGUAAUUUACAUAUUUUAAUAUCAUGAGAACAAGGAUGUAAACGCAUUAAUUAAUAUUAUUCACGACACCAGUGAUUCUUCUCAGUCGCUAUUUUCAAAACAAUAUUGCAUACUAAUGUAGAAAACUUUACAGUACUUUCCAGAAUGAUUUCUGUCCCAUUAUUCGUUUUUCUAUGGAAGUUUAAUUUUAUAGGAUUCAUUUACCUUGUCCAUGUGUUAUAUCAUUUAGCUUUACCAUCAUAAAAUUAGUAAAACUUAUUGUGCACAAAUUAGAAGUUACUUGUGCAGUCUUGAAAUGCAGCUUUGUUUACCAAUGUAGUGUCAUUAUAUGCAUUCUUUUCAAAUAAGAUUUUUUUUUUUUCAUCUUAUAUGCAAAUGAAUCUCAAAGUCAUCACUUUAAUAAUUUAUCUGCAUACUUCCAUCAGUGCAUUGAAGAAGAAUGUACCACACCUAAAAAUGGCUACUAAGUAAUUAUAUGAUCAGUUAAGUCAUCCCUGGCAAAGGAACACAUGAAGAUAAUUUUGCUUGCAAUAUAGUUUCCAUAUUUAGAUUAUAGUAGUAAUUUUGUGAAAAAAUCAACGUUUCUUAAAAUGCAUUAAUAUUGUAUGUAAAGUGGGUCUUUAAAUGGUUAAGUUUGAUUUUGUAGAAAAUGCUGUAUAUAAAAACUACCUAUACAUAUACAUAUAUAUUAUAUGAAAUUAA